AUGGUAAAGCUUCUCGUCCUGGGAACUCCGAACACAGGAAAGACAGCCCUGUGUGUCCGCUUCAUGACAAAACGAUUCAUUGGGGAAUAUGACCACAAGAAGGAGGUGACCUACAGAUGCUGCCACCUGGUGGACCAGGAAGUUGUUAACCUUGAGAUUUUGGAUCCAGCUUGUAAGGAAACCUGCGCACGGUCCCUCGAGGAAUCCAUCCGCUGGGCUGAUGGCUUCCUGUUGCUCUAUUCCAUCACACACCGCCAUAGUUUUCUGGAGGUCUCACGGCUCAAAAGAAUUAUUGACCAAACUAAACAGAGUCUAGCUGUGCCAACAGUGCUGGUAGCCAAUAAAGCAGACUUGGAAAUUGGCAGAGAGGUGACAACAGAGGAAGGACAGAGAUUAGCUCGUGAUCUAAGGUGUGGUUUCAGGGAGUUAUCGGUGGCUGAAGCUGUGUUAGCUGUGGAAGCUGCCGUGUUUCAGCUGAUCAGGCGAGUCCUGGACCAACAGCGGCCCUUGCCUGAUCGCCGUUCCUACAUGCUGACUAUGCGCCACGCUCUGACAAGGAAACUGACCCGAUCGAAAACCAUGCAGUGGUGA